GGGGCGCUACAUACCUCGUUAGCAACGGGCGACAACCGCGUCUCCCCCUCUACGUCACUUUUGUGCGACCGUCUCUGCUUUGUUUGUUCCGCACACGGCAGCAGGGUCGCAAACACACACACACACACACACCCUCUCACUUUCACCCGCGUAUAAGCCAUCGGGCGAGUUGUCCGCAACAUGGCCACGCCUGACGUUAGUGAUCUGAAGGUCUUCCUGGAGUCUUCUCUGAACGAGAUCUUUAGGGCCACAGUGUGCGAUGUCCUCGACUCGGUGGACCGGACCCUGUCCGAGUACCAGGGCACAAUACGGAGGAUCGAGUCUGAAAACGAGGGCCUGAAGGCUCUGCUGUUUGCACAGAAGAGCUCCGACUCUGCCGUAAGAGAUAUUCGUGACCAAGAUGCCACUGAAAAUCUUUCAACUUCAUCAUGGAACAAUUGUCCCGUCAACUCCACUGAGGGCACGUUCAAGAUGUCCAUAUGCAGCAGCGACAAGAAGAGCUUCAGGAGGAGGCAGAAAGACAAGAUGAGGGAGAAAGACAAGAUGAGGGAUUGCGUAUCCUCUUCACCGUUUUUGCUGCAGACUGAUCACAUGCUGGCAAAUUCAGAAGAGGUAAGCACGUCCACCCAAAACUGGAUAUUGGUAAAAGCGGAGGCAGACCAGGAUGGCAGCCAUGCCAUUGACCUUUCCCAGCCUUCGUCCCUUCUCAAGUCUGACAAUGAGGCCGGUAAAAGACGAGACCACCGAGGUCUCUUGUCACACUCACGAUGCGUAUGCACCUGUGCCUCCAGAAUUCACAUUGGGCCCCGGACAAGUUAAUGUCACCGUUGUUUCUGGCACGCGCAUGCAAGAAGGGCAGUUCAUUAAGACGGAGGAGGAGCAGAGCGGGUUGUCGCAGCACGGCAACGACAACUUGUCUAAGCAGGAGUUGCAGCCUGCGUCGAGCUGCUGCCCUGAUUCGGAAGCAGACCUCGGGGUACCAAGCAGUCCACCAGUGGUGCCGGAAGUAGCGGCAAGUGAAGAAGACUCUGUCUUUCCCGCGGACGAGCUCAUGCCGAUUGACGACGACCUUUUGCGCGGUACCACCUGCCCCAAAACCUUCAGCCAAGCGGCCUCGCUAAACAUCCACAUCAAGGCGCACGGCGCCGAAAAGGCCCACGGCUGCAGCCACUGCGGCAAACGCUUCGGCCGGGCCGACCUCCUCAAGUCCCACAGGCGCACCCACACGGGCGAGCGGCCCUACAGCUGCAACCUCUGCGGCAAGACGUACGCCCACCCCAGUCAGCUCAGGAUACACAAGCGGGUCCACACGGGAGAAAAGCCGUACUCCUGCUCGCACUGCGGGAAGCGCUUCAACGAGCACAACCAGCUCAAAGUCCACCUGCGGACUCACACGGGGGAGAGGCCGUACAGCUGCAGAGAGUGCGGCAAAACCUUCAGCAACGCGGGCAACCUGCGCAUACACGAGAGGAUCCACACAGGGGAGAGGCCCUACUGCUGCGGCCAGUGCGGGAAGAGGUUCAACGGCCUGGGCGAUCUCAAGACCCACUACAGGAUUCACACCGGCGAGAGGCCCUACCGCUGCGAGCUGUGCAAGAAGACCUUCAGCCAGACGGGCCACCUCACCAUACACAUGCGAAUGCACACGGGGGAAAGGCCGUACAGCUGCAACGAGUGCGGGAAGAAGUUCACGGUGGCCAGCAGCCUCAAACUGCACCAGAGGACUCACACGGGCGAGAAGGGGUACAGCUGCCCGCACUGCACCAAGAGCUUCAGCAGGUCGGGUCACCUGAAGAGACACGAGCUGGUCCACACCAAAGAGAAGGCCUUCCUCUGCAGCCAGUGCGGGAAGACCUACACGGACCAGUCCACCCUGAGGAAGCACCUGAAGACGCACGGCGCCAAGGAGCAGAAGGCCCAGAGCGAGGGGAGCACCGGCGGGGCAGAAACCAAACGGCCUUCUCCCUCGGAGACUCUGUCCGACACGGACAGGAGUUAGAACCACGCGCUUAGCGGAUGAGCGGGAAAAAGACCCCGACGAAAACAAAGCUGGGUUUUACUAUUAUUAACACUUGGGUCGUAUUUUUGUCUUAACCCCCCCCCCCCAGAGGUUGAAACCUCCAGAAAAGGCUAUUAUGUGUAGCAUGAGGUAUGAUUAUUCUAUUAUACUGCUGGUCCAGAGGUAGAAAUCGUGCCGUGUUUGUGAUGCCUGUGGUGAAGGGCAAUGCGCUGUCGUCUCAUCGUUGAUGGGAUCCAGAAGGUCCAAGUUUAUCACCGUUGUGUUGUCUUAUCUGUCUACACGGAGUGCAGAGACAGAAUGCAGGACCCUAAAAGAACUGUUGUUCUUUUAUAGAGACUGGAUGUUAACACAAUGUUAGUAAUGUAACGUAGAAAUGCUUUAACAGAAAAGUGAAUGAAUGAUUGGUCCACUCUGCUGAAGCCAGACACUGAAUUUCUCUGCAGGUUUCAUUAAAAACAUAACAAUAUAAAUGUUUUAAAAUGAUACGUCACAUGAUUAUUAGAAAUGAUUAAUAUAUUGCUGUACAUAGCUUUAACCACACAGGCAGCUCUCUAAUCCGUUGAACUGACACGAAUGUAUUUAUAUAAUAAUGUUACUGUUAUUAAUCUUACUGCAAAUGUUCUGUAUUGAUCGAGCAGCUUUCUAUCUUCAUCGUGGGAUUCUUCUUUGAGCGAUGCUGACGAGAAAGUACGUCGAUAGGAUCUGUUUUUAGGUUAUUCACUGUUACUACCAGGUAACACACACACAUGUUCAUGUUGAUCGGGCCACUGUUUGUUGUGGCGACUCGUUAAUAUACCUGCACAGCAUGUAUGUUAAGCUGAGUGUUGGCUACUAGUAGUUAGUUUAUUGUGACUGACUUCUGUGUGAUCUGUGACCAAAUUAAAUAGAAAAGUUAACCAAAUGA